GGCGAAGUUAAGAAAGAAGAACCUCAAUUUAUAUUUCAUACGUAUGCUUUAUGCAAGAUAUGCCGAAUGAAAUGAAACAAGAAGCUAUGGAAACAUGUUCUACUGCCGCGGAAAAAUAUGCCGAUGACUAUGAGCAAGCGGCACGUAUGAUUAAAGAAAGUUUGGACAGAAGAUUUGGCGCGCCUUUUCAAGUAGUUAUUGGAGAAUCUUACGCUUGUGCUAUAACCCAUCAAGAAAAUAGUUUAUUAUAUAUGUUCACGGGUGGGAAUAUUGCUAUUCUCAUUUGGAGAACAGUUAACCAAUACAAAUAAAAUGAUUUUCUAUUAAAGCUGUACAUCACCUUUAAUUUUA